AUGGAACGUGUUCUUCUUGCUGCUGAUUAUCCAAAUCUAACUGAACUUAAACUUUUUAAUUUCACACAAGAAGAUGAUUUACCUAAUUUGAAAUGUUUUUCAUUGAAAUGUUAUCGUCUAAUUGAUAAAUAUGAUGAGAAAAUUCUACCUCUUCAUCGUAUGAUAUACCAUCGAGAUACAUUUAUCGAUAGUUUUCAUCUUCAAAAUGAAAUUCUUCUUUAUAUACCACGUCUUCAUUCAUUUACUUUUUAUAUUAGUACUUAUGAGGAUACUGCUGAUUUAUUUCGUUAUAUACCUAGCCAAGAUAUUCAACAAAUUGCUACAAAUCUUGGACGCCAAUAA